CAGAGCUGCUGCGCCACGCCGGGAGGCGGAGGUGCCCUGCCUGUCCUUCAGGCCGGCAGGCGAAGGUAUCUGAAGAAAUAACCUGAAGAUGAACUUCUUCCUGGAAACAUUAAGAUUCAUUGUAUUUUUUGUUUAUUACUUACUGGAGUCACUGGUGUUCUUGGUUGUUCCUGUACGGAAGAAGAAUGUUAGUGGUGAAAUCGUAUUAAUAACAGGAGCAGGAAGUGGCAUUGGAAGACUCUUAGCAAUAAAGUUUGCCAGCCUUGGAGCCACUGUGGUCCUCUGGGACAUUAAUCAAGAGGCACUCAACUGCACAGUUAAAGUGGCCAGAGAAAAUGGAGCAGGAAGAGUACACUCUUAUGUCUGUGACUGUAGCAAAAGACAGGAUAUCUACAGAGUAGCUGACCAGGUUAAAAAAGAAGUUGGCGAUGUCAGCAUCCUGAUCAACAAUGCUGGUGUUGUAAUUGGGAAGAGAUUUCUUGAUUCUCCAGAUUCACUUGUAGAUAAAACCAUGGAAGUGAACACGAUGGCACACUUCUGGACUUACAAAGCCUUCAUCCCAGCAAUGAUUGCUGCUAACCACGGACACUUGGUUAGCAUCGCGAGCUGUGCAGGGCUGUGUGGAGGCAGUCAGCUUUCAGAUUACUGUGCAAGUAAAUUUGCAGCAGUUGGUUUUGCAGAGUCAAUUGAUAUGGAGCUGAGAGCUCUGAGAAAGACUGGUGUUAAAACCACAAUUGUGUGUCCUUUUGCCAUAAACACAGGAAUGUUUGAUGGUGUUAAAUCCAAGUGGCCAAAUCUGCUUCCUGUGCUGGAUCCAGAGUAUGUGGCUGACAGGAUAAUCAGUGCUGUUCGGCAGAACCAAGAAAUGUUGCUCAUACCACGCAUCCUUUAUGUUUUACACUUUUUUAAAAGCUUCCUACCAGUGAAAGCAAGUGUUCUCCUUUUAGACUACUUUGGAGGCCUUGAUAUCAUGAAUACCUUCAAGGGUCGACAAAAGAAAGAGUGAAAAAGCACAAAAUUCAGAGACCAGCAGCUCUAAAGUGGGUGUUGUUAAAGGUGGUGGUGGGAAAGGUUCGCUUCACUAGCAGCUAUGAACUUUGGGUGCCUCAUCUCUCAAUAGUAACAAGAUUUUCAAGAGUUGCUUUUUAACUGGCUCUUUAUCAACAGCUUUUAUCUGAAAUAUUUUUUUUUAGUCCAGAGAAUUUUUUUCUUUUCACCUCAUUAUGAAAAUACAUUAGUUGAAUUUAGUUGCUUUGGUUUAUAAUGCCUUAAAUGUGAUCCUGCAGCACAAACCAAUAUUUGGCAACUUUGGGGGAGGAGAAAAGACCAAGAAACUACAUGUAUUUACCAGGUAGCCAGAAAAGCCUGUAGUGGGUCUGACUUCUUGCUGCCAUUCAGUGAACCAUGAGGAUAGGCUGUACUGCCAUUACCAUUCCCUGGUAAGCUGAGAAAUUCAAGAAUUUCCUCAAACAAUAUUUCUAAGUCUUACAAAUAAAAGUUUUGUGAGAUAAAAAUAUGCACUGUGUUGGUGAAAAAAAACAAUUACAUUUAUUAAUUUUUGGAGGUGUGAUCUCUCAAAUCACAGAUGACAAUGGAUGUUGGGACAGGGAAGGGUAUAUAAAUUAAGCAUUUGUGUUGCUAAUAUACAUCGUGCCUAAUUUACUUUGAAAGCUAAUACCAUGGCUGCAACUUUGUAACAGAAGGUUUUGUAUCUUUUAAGUGCAGUAUUUUAAGAACUGCUUUAAAUUUUCAUCUCCUAAGAAGAAUAAACUUGUUUUUAUGAAGCAUGAGACUGCCAGUCUAGGUGGUUAUUCAAUGUCUUGUCAACAAAGACAACGAGCUACUAAAAGCAAGGGUAUUGUGUUGUACAAUAGGAGUUUCUCUUGGGAUUAUUUCAGAAAGGAAUGAUGCUGACAGAACUGAAUGAUAUAAUUACAGCCAUCCUUUGAGUAACAGCAUAAUGUUUUGCUUCUCUGAGUCGUGUAACAGGUUGCCUGUGUCUACAGAGGCUUGUUUUACUUUCCCUUCUCUCUUAGGACUGUCCACUUAUUUUGAGCAUAUGCUGAAGAGGCAUUACCGCUUUUGACAAUGGAUGCUUAGAAAGCUACCUUGACUUUUUGUAAUCCAAAACAAGAAAAAAGGAAGCUUAUGUGUAUGUCACGUCUGUACAUGUUAAGUCCACUUCAUGACACAGUUCUCUGCUAGCAAUUGGUACAGCAAUUGAAACAGUGUGGAGAAAAGGGGGACUUUUUAAAAGGGAAGUCAUUUUUUCUUUAAAUGAUGACCUAGAAACUACCUUCAUUUCCCUUGUCUAUACAAAUAGUAAGGUUUAUUAGCAGAGAAAGGUUCACAUAGAACUAUUUCACUACUGAUGAGCAAGAGACACUGAGUAAAACAGUGUGUUAAAAAUCACCUUACCUUUAUGAUGGAUUGAUGAGAGCUAUUCAGAGCUCAGAGAGAAUUCAGACUGAUGAAGAAGAUAUUUGUUUCAAUCUCCUUUCAGAUCUUCAGCUUUUCUUUCUCAAAAUUUUUUCUCCUAUUACAGUACACCUUAAGAAACAGAGGUUAACCAAGUAAAAAAGAGAUUCUCUCAAUGUGCAGUCCAUACACAUAUUGCACUGUUCACAAAUUCUACCACUGAUAACUAUGGGGUGUAUUUGUGUCUUAAACCUCCUUUUAUGCUAACAGAACAGACUUUUCCUCCUGGCUAAGAAAUACUAGAUAUGCAGAGUUCUGGAGCAAAGGGUAAAAGUGAACUGUGCAUAUGAACCUUGAGUAUCAAACUCCAACUCUAGUAAGAGUGAGUAGAUUUUCAUUUUUAGUGUCUUUGUGAACACAUUCUGCUGAGGAAAAUUAGAAGCAGUGAUUCUGGCAGUGGGAUUUGGGGUUUCUCAGCAGGUUCAUGUUUGUCACAGUUCUAGGAGGAUUUUACCUGAUAAUCUGUGCCAGAUAAAUACAUCUCCAAGGGAUUUUACUACUUCACAGAAUCAGUGGAAAGGACCUGUGCUCAGUUAAGUUUUGUAUAUCUCUAAGGCUGGAAACUCCACAACCUCUCUGGGUAACCUGUUCUAGUGUUUGUUCACACUCUGUUUCAAAACAAAUAAAUUAAAAUUAUGUGUAAAUUGAAUGUACUUUUUUUCAUGUCCUUUCAGAGGAUACCGCUAAGAGUCCGAGUUUGUUUUUAACACCUUCUUUUUAGGUACUUUUACACAUUGGGGCUGAGCCUUUUCUCAAGACUAAGCAGUCCUAGAAAUCUCAACCUCUCUUUGUGUGGCAGGUGCUUCAGUAUUUAAUUAUCAUUGCAGCCCCUCACUGGACUCACUGAGUAUAUUCAAAAACUAGUUAUAAGUGUAUUCACAUCUCUUAGAGACCAAUUUCUGUACUAGACUGAGCAUGCAUAAUAUGUCAUACAGAGCUUCAGUAGAAAAUCUCUGCUUACUAGCUGUCCUAGUAGGAGUACACAAAUAAUGCCUUUAUACAAAUGUGCUGCUACCACAUUGUAUAUUGUGGUCACUAGUAAAUUACAUCAUGUGUCUGGAGGAUAACAGCCUAUCCUGUGGUGGUUUUUAUCUCCCCCAGUUCCUAUGCUGGCAGGACAGAUGUGGAGUUGUAUUCUGGAGGCCAAACAGCACACAUCCUUCCCCUGAGUUCAGGAGACUGCACAGAGCAAGUGUUUGGAUCUUCAACUGAGAUAUGUCUUGAGAUAAAAGGUGGCUUAAUUCCAGCAUAGCAGUGAUCUUGACUGAUUACUUUCCUGAUGCCAAAACUGAGUCUUUCCUUCUGCUUUGGCAAGAAAACUCAUGGAAGGAUCACUGUGACACCCAAACAAGAAGAUAAAACUAGAAAAGGAAGAGCAUUUCAGUUGUGACAGGAUAAUGUCUGACUGCUGGAUGGUAAAUCAGACAGCUCCCACAAAAGAAUUGAUUUCAUGGCCACUGCUUGAAAUUUUAAAUAGCCUCUCCCCAAACAUGACAGCCCCAAAUUUGACUGGGAUGGCUCGAUUGGCCUAAUAAUCAUGGUUAUGGUAAUUCAAAGUCAAUCCAUGGUAUUUUAUUGCCUCCUGUAUUUCUUUUCCAUGUGAGAUCAUAUUCCUGCGGCAGCUAAAAUCUUGCUGUCCCUUAAUGCUUCGAAACAUGGAGAACAUAGUGCCAAGAAAAAUCAACUCGAUUAAAUCCUCUGAACUAGAUUGAGAAGGAAAACAAACAAAAAGCCAGCAGCUGAGAUAUAAGCUCCAUUAUUAUUUUAUUAAUUUGAAAUUUGUACCCAGGAGCUAUGUGCACCUGCUUGGAAUCUGGUGUUCAUGGUGGUCUGGUUUCAUUUUAUGAAGGAGCCCAGCAGGUACUUCUUCUUUGGUAACCUUCCUAGGACCUUCCUUCUUCUGAAGACACUGGUAUGGACUGCAUUCUUUACUAAACAGCUGUUCAAAGCCAUAGGCUUUGUAAAAUAAGCAUUUUAACAAAGUAACUUCACUUCUCUCACUGAUUUUUUCUUUGCUGUGACAGUCAAGAGAAAUGGAUUUGGAUCCAUAGUUACUGGAUAUUCUAGGAAAAUGCAGGGUUACUGUCUCUGAGGUGACACCUAAAAAUGUGUUAUCAGUGCUUCAGUAGGUGGGGGAGCACUACAAGCAGGGACUUUUGUCUACUCACGGUAUGACACACCUUCUCUCUAGUCUUAGUCAUAUCCAGCUUGAUGAUAUUUUCUCUGCUUUUCAAAGCAGAGCUCACAGCCUGAAGUUCUGUGAGAACUUCACAGAUAGCCUGUGGCCUAUGGCUGAGGAAAACAUAGCUCUGUCUAGGAAAGAGAGAUGGAAAAAUCACACCUUCUUCCUUUGCCCUUGGCAAUGUCACACUAGGGAAAUGAGCAUCCUUAGGACUGCCACAGAGAUGUUCAAGACAAAGGUGUGACAAAGGCAGAAGUUCUAUGCCAAGGUGCUUUGUGGUGUUGCAUCUGCUGGGUUAAACUGCUCAAUUAAAACAAACCUUGGUUCUUGGUA